AUGGAAUCCAGUGGAAGCAAAGAAUUGGACCUAUUGGAGCCAGAAGAGUCUGUUGCUCAGGCUCUGUUCAAAGAGGUUCCUUUGAUUGUACAUUCAGACCACCAUAAGAAUAAACAGACAAAGGUGGUUUCAUCAAAGGUCAAGGUUACAAGCACCAGAGAGAAAAAGUAUGCCAUGGAGACCCCCAGGUGGAAUGAGUCAGUCUUGACUAUCUCAGAGUUUGAUUCAUUGUUGAUCCUAGCAGACUCGCCAUUUACUAAUGAGAGUGACAUACCUGUGAAGGAGGAGAAUGCCGAAGAUAUUCAAGGCAGCACCUGCAAUACUGCCAAUGCACAAUCCAAGGAAGGCUAUCAUGAUCCCAUGGCUCAUCUUGUUUACACCAAGACUGGGGUCAUUCAAUGCAGCAUUCUUGAGCUGAAGGCAUACAUUGCCUUCAGUCAUGGUUACCCUGAAGUCAUCAUGAAGAAUACAUAUGCACAAGAGAUACUUAUCAAUGCCACACAAUAUCUCAAGACAGAACCAAUUGAGAAAUGUAUGUGCACAGACAAGGAGUACUUAGGUGCACUUGUGGGUCUAAUCAAUGCUCGUGCUAGUCUCUUUCACAGAGAUAUCAAGGAGAUGGCUUUCAAGAACAUUGCAGGCUACUUUCAGCUCAGCCCCAAGUGCAGUGCUAUCCUUGAGCACCUUCUUCCAGACCAUCUAUACAUUUUCCCACAAACUUUCAAUGUGCAAGGGCUCUCAUCCCUGGUUCACAGGAAGCCGUAUCAAACAGAUCCUAUCUUUAUCAUCCUCUAUGAGAUGUUUUUCAAAAAUAUGACGUCCAUUGACUCUUAA